GAAUUCUGUCAUGGCCGCCUCCACGGGCAACAUGCAAUCGUUUGUUUACAGUUCUUGCUAAGCUUUCGUUACGCCGUGUUUACAAACAGAGAUCGAGACUACCUUCGUGCGUUAGGCCGAGUACCUAAGCACAACGAUACCGUUUUAUGUGUGCAAAUGUAGAGCGCGGAGUGUUGUCUACGAAAUACUUGUAUGCGGAGGAUGUAAGCGGUUGAUAGGUGGUACAACGCCCCCCGUGAGGGGGAACUCAGUCCUAAACGUUUAGAAAGUUCUCACGCGUCAGCCUCUGUUCGUCAAGAUUAGUGCUUUCUAUCGCUAAUCUACGAGGCUAAAUAAUACGAAAGAUGGCGUCUUUGUUUGACCAGUAUGAAGAGGUGACCUCGCAGUCGGCUGGUUAUCUGGGCUCUGCCGGUCGGACCGCUUUCCCGGAGCUGACGACGGGCUACAUCAAUGCCUCGCUCGAAAUGGAAGCACCGAUCUUCAAGAAAACGAGGAUAACAUUCACACCUCCUCACCCAAUCACACACUUGGUUGUCAGCAACCAGAUCCUGGUCCUCGCCAUGGCCAACAAAUGCCUGCUUCGCAUCACCCUCACAAAUCCGAACAGUCCACACGAGGUUGAUCUGAUCCGGUCACUCGGCGACAAGGGUCAUGCGGCCAAGAUCUACCAGCUGUUCCUCGAUCCCCUGGGUCGGCAUCUGUUGGUGAGCGUGGUUCACUCUGAUGGUGAGACGUUCUUCGACAACUGCUACCUCCACCAGAGUGCCCCGAAGGCCCAGUCACUCGCGAAACUCAAGGGGCACGUCAUCAGUGCUGUUGGCUGGAACUAUGAAAACUCGCCUGAAAGUAACUCAACAAGCUUUAUUCUUGUCGGCACAACCAAAGGCAUGAUUUUCGAGACCGAGCUGGCCGCCACUGACGACCGGUUCUUCUUGCAAGGCUCACCGGAGCGGUACUGCAAGCUGGUCUUCCAGCUAAGUCAGGACCUUAGCAUAGGGCCGAUAAUGGGCCUCGAGGUCCGGCGCUUCGUCCCACGCAGCUCGGACCAACGGUGCUUCAUCAUCGUCACAACUCCGAGGCGGAUCUACCAGUUUGUUGGUACCAGUGCGCCCUCUGGUGAACAACCGGUGCUCCUGAGGGUAUUCAACGUCACCGACAAUGUCCUCGACCGAUGCAAGGAAAUUCCCAGUGACCUGAAGUACAGUUGCCUUCAGCUGUUCAGUUCGAGCCCAGAAGAACCUGCGAAGAAGUUCGCUAUGAUGCUGGAACCUGGCGUAUACUUCGGUGAUGUUUUGCUGCCUGCCAUGGACUCCGACUCCAAGGUUGUUCUCUUCAAUGCCAAGCUCUUGGAAUACGGAGAUGAAGAUGCUAAACGGAAGAUGCUGAGGAAGCCGCUCUCCAUGGUGCUCACAGAGUUCCAUACUCUGGUGCUCUUUAAUGACAGGCUGAGAGCUUACUGUCUGCUGAACGAAGAGCUGGUCUUUGAAGAUGUCUUUCCUGAGAUGUAUGGCCGUGCAGUUGGUCUGAGCAGGGAUCCUGUUCAGGGCAGGAUUUGGGCCUUCUCCGAGCUGGCCGUGUACCGCUACACUGUCACAAAUGAAGACAGGAACGUCUGGGAAGUGUACCUGAAGAGUUGCCAGUAUGACCUUGCCAAGAAGCAUUGCAAGGGAGACCCCCAAAAGCUGGAUCAGGUUCUCACGAAACACGCCGAAGAUCUCUUCGCAAAGAAGGAGUAUGUGAGGAGUGCGGAGCUGUAUGCGCAGACUCGCGCCUCUUUCGAGGAGGUGUCGCUCAAGUUCCUCCAGUGUGCGGAGGAGGACAACGAGGACUCGCUGCGCCGGUUCCUGCUGCAGAAGCUCAAGGGCCUGCGGCCCGCCGACAAGACGCAGACGACGGUGAUCACCUUCUGGCUCGUCGAGCUGUUCCUGAACAGGCUCGGCACGCUGCGCACUGCGGGCAGGCAGAAUGAGGGGACCUAUCUCAACCUCGUUGCGGAGUUCCGGGGACUCCUGGAAGAGCCUAAAGUAGCGGAAUGCGUGAGCAACAAUCGAAGUGCCGUCUACAAGCUCAUCGCCAAGCACGGUGAAGAGAACAUACUCAUCGACUUUGCCAACAUCUUGAAAGACUUUGAGCGUGUCAUCCAGUACCAUAUCCAGAACAAGAACUAUGUGGGUGCCCUUGAAGUGCUCAUGCGACAGAACAACCCAGAGCUGGUGUACCAGUUCUCGCCAACGCUGGUGCAGAGCAUCCCGCGGAAAACGGUGGACAUGUGGAUUGCGCAGGAGAAGCGGCUUGACCCAGCGCGGCUCAUCCCUGCCUUGGUCCAGUACGACAGCAUCAAGGAUCGAUCGCAGGGGUGUGAGGCGAUCCGCUACCUCGAGUUCUGCGUCUACAAACUGGGCAGCCGUGACGAGGCCAUUCACAACUACCUGCUUGCCCUGUACGCUCGGCUGGACGGGGCCAAGCUUAUGAAUUACCUCGACCGUGAGGGGCAGGACCAAGCUACCGUGCCCUACGACCUCAAGUACGCUCUGCGCGUCUGCUCUGAGCUGCAUCUCACGAGGGCCUGCGUACACAUCUACAGCACCAUGGAGCUCUACGAGGAAGCUGUGGACCUUGCGCUCGAGGUGGACAUCGACCUUGCAAAGCUGAAUGCAGACAAGCCAGAGAACAACGAGGAACUGAGGAAGAAACUGUGGCUCAAGAUCGCCCAACAUGUGGUGACGGAACAGAAGGACAUCAAGCGCGCUAUGGAGUUCCUGCAAGAGUGUGACCUCAUCAAGAUCGAGGACAUCCUGCCCUUCUUCGACGAGUUUGUGCGCAUCGACCACUUCAAGGAGGCCAUCUGCGCCUCGCUCGAGGAGUACAACGACCACAUCGAAGGCCUCAAGGCCGAGAUGGAGGAGGCCACUCGCAGUGCCAAGGAGAUCCGAGCCGAGAUCCAGUCGUUCCGCAACAGGUAUGCCGUGGCGCAGUCGGACGCAAAGUGUGCCCUGUGCGAGUACGCGGUGAUGAACCAGGCGUUCUACCUGUUCCCGUGCGGGCACAUGUUCCACGGUGACUGCCUUUCGGCGGAGGUCCAGCAGCACUCGCUCCCAACGAAGGCAAGCCGCAUCGAGGACAUCCAUCGGCAGUUGGCAAUGCUCAGCGGCCGCGACGACAGUGCCUCCUUGUCCUCUUCGGCAGGCUUGCCAUCGUUGACGACGCGGGAGAAGCUCAUGAAUGAACUUGACGACCUAAUUGCAUCCGAGUGUUUGUACUGCGGUGAAAUCGCAAUAAGGUCCGUGGACGAGCCUUUCAUCGAUCCUGAAGAAUACGAGCAAGUGAUGAGUGACUGGCGGUGACGGUUGGAUAUGUUCCGGUUACACCACAACAGAACCAAGAGACCACAUAGUUGAUUUACUGUAUAUAAAAGCAAAACGUAAACUACGUAAACGAUUAUAAUAAAACGCGUAUAUAUAU